ACAACCUCAAAAGCUGCCCCCUUUGCUCCUCUUUUAGGCUUCGAUCGCCUCCCACCGACAUUUCUGAGUUUUUCAACAAACCAAAACCAUACCCCGCACCAUCAACACAAAGUGGUCGACCAAUCGGGUUGCUGAACAGAUAUGUCUUGUGCAUGGUCUUUGGUCUUAUGAUUCUUUUUCAUGUCUCUUUGGUUUUAGCGGACGACAGAAAUUAGUACAAUAAUUUGUUGGUAGGGUUUACUUUUGCCUGUUUUUCUGUUGAUGAUCAGUUGAUGUCUUUGGCGGUUGGACCUGGUCCGAGUUCCAGUAAUAUGGAUAGCAACACCGAGAAGAAGACUCCUCAUGAAGGUGAGGAAGAAGAAGAUAACGAUGAGAGCAGUUUGCAUUUGGGCCCACAGCGUACUCUCAAAGAACAGCUUGAGAAAGAUAAGGAUGAUGAGAGCUUAAGGAAGUGGAAAGAGCAGCUUCUUGGAGGUGUGGAUAUUAACAACAUUGGAGAAACACUUGAACCAGAAGUGAAGUUCCAAAGUGUGGCAAUCGUGUCUCCAGAUAGGGCAGACAUAGUACUUGAGAUACCUGCAGAUGGGAAGCCACAGGGCCUAUGGUUUACACUGAAAGAAGGCAGCCAUUAUAGCUUGAAGUUCACUUUCCAAGUUAGCAACAACAUCGUAUCUGGUCUCAGGUACACCAACACCGUCUGGAAAACUGGUGUCAAAGUUUACGGCACCAAAGAGAUGAUUGGAACUUUCAGUCCUCAGUUAGAGCCUUAUACACAUGAAAUGCCAGAAGAGACAGCCCCAUCUGGGUUUUUGGCUAGAGGAACAUACACUGCAAAAACAAAGUUCCUUGAUGAUGAUAACAAGUGCUACUUGGAGAUCAACUACACAUUUGACAUCAAAAAAGAUUGGGCAUCUGCUGAAUAGAUCAGAAUAAGAUUUGAUGAUCAGUUCAUGGAGUUAGUGCAUGUUCUUGUCAUGCCUACUUAUAUAUAUAUGUUCAACCUUCGGACAAUUUUCCUACAGCUAGUUUUGUU